CUUCGUCAGAAUUCUGAAGACUCACUAGCGACAGAUGAAGAAGAUACUAUCAUUUCACACCUGCGUGACAGCAAGCUGUUCACCAACUCUAGCAGCUCUUUAGAACUGUCAAUGGAAGACCGCAAUUCAUAUUACGCUCGCAAAUACCCUCGUCUGGCCAGACUAGAAGAAGUUUGUAGUCAAAUAGAACAAGAAUCAGAAAUAGAGUUUAACAAGAGUGUCAACAUCUACAAAAAAUUAAACUUCACUAUCCAGGACUCCAACAGCUCCGCGACUUUACUUUCAGAUUCAUCUACAAUUGCUGGAUCUGAAUCUGGUUAUGAUGCGGAAGAGUCUAUGUCUUUAACCAUCCAGACAAUCAGUGAUUUAUUAGACCAUCAUAUCAACGAUAUUAACGACUCUACAUCAAAGUCUUCCUCUCACACUGGCAGUUUUCAAGACUCUUUACUCUAUGAGAGUUCUUUAACGAGCACUCAAACUUCGUACCAGGAAUUAAAAGAGAUUUUAGUACCAUUGACCAUUUCUGAACAAAAAAUUGAAAUUUUUUCAGAUAAUGGUAAGCUUGUCCAAUUUCAAAGUCGGUUGAUAAAGACAAUAAGCAAACUACCCGAAGAGUUCCAGGUCGAGUUAAGAACUAUUCUUGAAGAGCCUGAGGAAAAUUCUCACCAGUCUGUUGAUGCAUUCAAGAGUUUCUUGCUGCAAGCUAUGAACAACAGUCAGAGUGUCCGUGAUGAACGUACUACUUACACGAUAGUCAAUUCAUUAAAAUCUGCUAAAGAUUCAACCUCGACUGAGUCCCAGUCUUCCUCUCUUCAUUCGGAAUCAUCAAAGUUAACAGAUCUCAAAAAUAGUGAUUUGAGCGAAUUGUCAUUCAACACCAUCGAGAAAAUCUGUAUGCAAGAUGAAUUACCCAGAACUCCAAAGCCAAUGCCGGAAUUGACUAAAGAGCAGAAAAAAGCACUCGAACUCUGUCGAAAGCAGGAACUUGAAUUGUUGUCAGAGUCACCGUAUUCAUCGGGCUCCAAAAGCUCUGGAAGUAAAAGUUGUGUAGAUGGUAGUCGUAAAGCUCGGUCAUUGGUUUGUUCUGAAAAUAAAGGGCCAGUUUCAACUUCCCGUGCUUCAUCGAACAACUGGGAUAUUCGGAAAGAAGUUCUGCAGGCGGAUCUUCGUCAUAGUUGGAGGGACUCCAGAAGCAAAAAGAAUGAAGAAAAUAAAACACUGAACAAGUCAUACGCUGAUGAAUUCUUGGAAAAGGUUAAUAAUUACUAUGAAAAGUCUGAUUGGGCGAAAAGACUCAGCGAGUUUGAAGAGUCCAGUGUUGAAGCAACUCCAAUUGACCGUACCAAAAGUUUCAAGGCUUCUAAAUUAUCCAGCAAAAGUGCGAUAGGAAUCAGGAAAAAAAAUUGCCCCAAGAGAAAAAUAACAACGGGUUUUAUUAAAAAAAGAUCCUUGAUACCCAUAUACAAGCCCGAUUUUUGUAAAUCAGCUACUAUGUCAACUGCAAAGGUCUCUUGUAUGCUUGAUAUGAUUUGCUCGAAUUCUAAAGAAGAGUCAAAAAUACCGGCUGAUGGAGAAAAAAUUGCUGAUACUUCGCCGGGCUUGUUUGGUAAAUCUGCUUCGAGUCUUUUAACUCCCAAUUGGACUUCGAAAUCUGAAAAAUCUGAAUGUAAGUCAAGUGGAAUUUCCAAUUCUGAACAAUUCAUUCCACCGAUUACUAUUACUUGUUCCUCGCCAAGCAUUGAGGCAAUUAACUCGCCAAGCGUUGAGGUAAUUAACUCGCCAAGCAUUAAGAUAAUUCACUCGCCAAGCAUUAAAGUAAUUCACUCGCCCUAUAACAGUCCUAAAAACUAUGAAAAGAUUCGGGGGCGAUACUUCUGUUCACCGGGAAAAAUCCCUGCUCCAAAAAGAAAAAGAAUUUUCUUUCCGACUCCGAAAAAAAAUAUAUGCUCAAAAACGUCCGAAAUUAAAAUUAAGAGUUCCGUUGAUAUAUGCCGAAAAACGUCAGAAACUAAAAUUAAGAGUCCAGUUGCGGCGUAUAUCCGCGGGGAUUUAAGCGCUAGUUUCAUCUCGGACCCAAAUCGUGUUCAUGAGUUCUUAUCUAAGAAGACUUGACAAGUAUUGUUCAGUAAUUUUUAAAUUUCUAUUCUAUUAUGAAAUUAAUAAAUUUAUUU